CGCUCCGUCCGCAGUGACCACCCUUCCUUCUCGGGGCCCGGCCGGAAGCGGAAGUUGCUAAGGGGUAGAGGGGAGUUGCCCGAGGAGUGUCAGGUUACGCUCCCGCUCUUGUCGGAGUUCCAGCCGCUGCGGUCCAAGCAGACACUUCGCCAUGGGCAAUACGAGCAGCGAGCGCGCCGCGCUGGAGCGGCAGGCUGGCCAUAAGACGCCGCGGAGGGACAGCUCGGGGGGCACCAAGGAUGGGGACAGGCCCAAGAUCCUGAUGGACAGCCCCGAAGACGCCGACAUCUUCCACACCGAGGAAAUGAAGGCUCCAGAGAAGGAGGAGUUCCUGGCGUGGCAGCACGACCUCGAGGUGAAUGAGAAAGCCCCCGCCCAGGCUCGGCCCACCGUAUUUCGAUGGACAGGGGGUGGAAAGGAGGUCUACUUGUCUGGAUCCUUCAACAACUGGAGCAAAUUGCCCCUCACUAGAAGCCAAAACAACUUCGUAGCCAUCCUGGACCUGCCGGAAGGAGAGCAUCAGUACAAGUUCUUUGUGGAUGGCCAGUGGACCCACGAUCCUUCCGAGCCAAUAGUAACCAGCCAGCUUGGCACAGUUAACAACAUCAUUCAAGUGAAGAAAACUGACUUUGAAGUAUUUGAUGCUUUAAUGGUGGAUUCCCAAAAGUGCUCCGAUGUAUCUGAGCUGUCCAGUUCCCCCCCAGGACCCUACCACCAGGAGCCUUACAUCUCUAAACCAGAGGAGCGGUUCAAGGCCCCGCCCAUCCUCCCGCCUCACCUGCUGCAGGUCAUCUUGAACAAGGACACGGGCAUCUCUUGUGAUCCAGCGCUGCUUCCGGAGCCCAACCACGUCAUGCUGAACCACCUCUAUGCACUCUCUAUCAAGGAUGGAGUGAUGGUGCUCAGUGCGACCCAUCGGUACAAGAAAAAGUACGUCACCACCCUCCUCUACAAGCCCAUAUGAGAGGAUGAGCCAGCCGUGGGCCACGGGACAGCAGGCGGGCGGCGCUGGGCUCUCCGUGUGCAUGCGCAUCCUCACUCCGGGACAUCUCACCCCCACAUAGUCCUCCUUGAAGGUCUGUCCAGGCACAGCCAGAAAUCGGAUGGACGGCAGCCCGUGGUCCCAGCACCGCAGGCAGUGCGCCAGGCUCUAGUGCUCUAAGCAUCAUCCCUCUGCUGGCCCGAGAUGUCUACAGCCAGACCUGAAUGCUGGUUCCUGCUAGAAAACCUAGGACAGGAACUGAAGUCACCAAAGCCCUCAUCAUCCCUGCUGAAGCCUGGCUUGGAAGAAAGCAGUGCUCGGUCUUGCCUGUCCUUCCGAAUCACAGCAGUAGAUUGUAGACUCCAUGGAAUUUCAGUGUCCAAUUUCCAGAUGCAGCUUCGCAAUCGAUUCCUGACACUGUGCACUGAGACCUUCUUAACCAGAGUGGCUGGCUGUCCACUCUCACUUAAGGCAAUAAGUCACCAGGACGAGACUAUAGGUCAUGUGACUACUGAGCAAUAAUCGUUCUCAAACAGACAUCAGAAACCACUGCCAUUUCUCCAUCAAGCCAGACGAUCCUGAGGACUGACCACCAUGGGAGGUUGUCCACCUUAUUUCAGUUGCAGUGUUGGCCAUGUUACCGUGACAACCUGGUCGAAGUGCCCGCCCUCUUUUUAGUUCUAGCACGUGCUACUCAGCUGGGGGCCGUGUCUCCAGUGAGCAGAGAGUGUCACGGUGGUUACUAUUGCCUGAUCUAAGAGAGCUUGGCACCCUGCGGCAGACUGCUAGGUUCCAGCAGGGUUGGCACGAGUGAACCUAUCGUGUGCUCAGUGUGAUUUCCACAGUGAUGUCACAGACGUGCCCAUUGGUACAGGCUCCUGUCACCUGUCAGCAUAGGUAGGCACAAGCUCUGUGGUGUCCGCUAUUUGGUUAAACCUGAGUUUUGGGUACCUUUUGUUACUGUUUUCAAAACACGGACUUGCUGUCAUCUUGAUGUACAAGUUUCAAUAAAGCUUUGUAAAAUAACUGGAGAAA